AUUUUGUACGACGGACACCUAUCCAAGUGCACACCGAUGAGCAACAUUUGUAAGACUGACACGUAUGAGCAGAGGAGGAGGAAGAAGAAGAAGAAAACACCAACUCUCUCAACUCAAAAUUCUCAGUCCCUUUGUCACUUCUCACAAUCGGCAACUGCAAGGAAGAAAGUGCGAGAACAACGGUGGGAAAGCAGUAGUGUGUGAAUUGCGAUCCCUUCCAUUCCAUGGCGAAGCUUCCUCGAUCUCUCUUCAUGAACUCUCCGUUCGCCGGCCCCUCGUCGCCGGAUCCGAGCGCCAGCGGGACUCAGGGAAGCAAGGAUCGCGAUAUGCAAUCACUCCAGCAGUUGGUGCUCGAUCUCAGUGACCGCGGUCUCCGAGAGAACGCUCUUCUCGAGCUAUCCAAGAAGAGAGAAUUAUUUCAAGAUUUGGCUCCAUUGUUGUGGAACUCCUUUGGUACUAUUGCUGCACUCUUACAGGAGAUAAUUUCAAUAUACCCUCUUUUAUCCCCACCAAACCUUACCCCAGGACAAUCUAAUCGGGUUUGUAAUGCACUUGCCCUUCUCCAGUCUGUGGCUUCACACCCAGAAACGAGAAUGUCAUUCCUUAAUGCGCAAAUUCCUUUAUAUCUGUACCCUUUCCUUAAUACUACCAGCAAAUCUAGGCCAUUUGAGUAUUUAAGGCUUACUUCCUUGGGCGUCAUUGGUGCUUUGGUGAAGGUUGAUGAUACAGAGGUUAUCAGUUUCCUUCUCUCUACUGAAAUAAUUCCUCUGUGCCUAAAGACUAUGGAGAUGGGGAGUGAACUUUCAAAAACGGUUGCUACAUUUAUUGUUCAAAAAAUUUUGAUGGAUGAUGUGGGUCUGGAUUAUAUAUGUACGACAGCAGAGCGAUUUUUCGCUCUAGGUCAAGUGUUGGCAAAUAUGGUGGCUGCACUUACUGAACAGCCCUCAUCACGCCUGCUAAAACAUAUCAUUCGCUGUUAUCUUCGUCUAUCUGACAACCCAAGAGCUUGUGAUGCCCUGAGUGGCUGCCUGCCAGAUAUGCUGAGGGACGGCACCUUCAAUGCUGCACUUCAGAUGCAACAACAGGAAGGUGGUUACAGCAAUUGCUUCACAAAGUGCAGGGACCUCGUGUUGCACCUCAGGCUGGGGGAUUCAACCAUAUGCGGGUGUACUAAAGUUAAAGUUACAUGCAGUGGUUUUUGUGGGUUGUUUGCACAACCCCAAGGGGUGGAAUUGUACCUGUGGCCUUGGGACUUCAGCCAAAUCUCUUACCAAAACCACUUUUGAGGUAUCAGUUGAGAACAACACUGAGAAUGCCUCAUGUUGGUCUUCCACAAGAGGGGGGACGACACAUAUUGUCUGACUAUCCCAAGAGCAAGAAGGUGUAUAACACAAGAGAUGGCCUCAAGACAAUGAAUGCUCCAAAAGUUCUGAAUCUGUUCAGGGAUUUUCUAAAAACAAUUUAGAAAAUCAACUAUCCUCACUGCCCACAAUCCAUAGUUUCAUCACUGCUCCAGUAAUCACCAUCAACCAUCAGUUUCAGCCAAUGAAGCCGAGAGUGUGAACCAUUCAACAUCACAACACUCAAAACCAUCAAGGAGGAGGCUCAUAUCUUCAGGUUUCAUCAAAUCUCUUGAAAACCCCGGCUGAAGAUCAGCUCACCGACAUAAAAAAAUCCAUUCAACUUCCUCAGCAAAGUCAAACUAGGAGUUACCGACCUAGUUCAGUUCGUUGCUGCCAUUGAAGACAUCCGAAGCCAACAAAACUAUCAGAAUCCUCAGUUGAUAACAUCGAAAGCCCUGUUCGACCUAUUGCAGCUGUUGUCGCACUCAUUUGUCUCAUCAAUAGUUUUCAUUGGUGCCAACAAACUCAGGCAACACCGUUGCUAGAAGCCUUCAUGGGCGCCACAGCUUCAGUCUGCAGCAGCGCCAACACUGCUCCUUUCACCAGAAGCCUUUGUGACCUUGUCAAAUGUUGUUGCAACUCAGCAAUGACCAUCAUCAUCGCGUUUCCUUCCUGCCUUCACCUUAAGCCUCUCUCACCCAAUUUCUUUGACCCAGAUUGCCCAAUUUCUCAACCCAAACCCUAACCCACAACCUGGCCCAAUUCGGAGACCCAGUUACCCAUCCCAGGAAUCUGUCCCCUCAGAUUUACCAACCUAGUGCCAUUACCUAUUGAACUGUUGCAAUCACAGUUGCACAGCCCAGCCCAAAUCCAUUAAGGCCCGACCUUGCCUUUAAUUGGUCAGCCCAAUUUCCUGCAUGCCUAAUUCCUUUUGAAUCAUCUAGCAUUCAAGUCCAUUGGUUAAGGUCUACAGAUUAACCCUGAUUUUGAGAAUGUGAACUCUCUCGUGCAUUCUCAAGCUUGCAAAACUCUGUGAUUUUUUUCAAAGAACCGGAGCCAGUAUGAAUGAUUUAUGGCUGGUUUAGCUUCUGUAGCCUACAUUUUUAUCCUUUAGAAGAUUCGAAGGUAAAUUGUGUGAGAAAUUUUGCAUGAUUCUGCACUGUCUUGCAUGAUAGAAGCAACAAUCCUUCAAGUAAUCAUGUUCAGUUUCUGAAGCUUCUCCUCCACGGCCCUGGAACUGUAACCACCUUCAUGAGCGUGGGUGAAUUGUAGGAUUACUGGGGUUUCAUCUGGUCUACCAGUGACUUGAAGAAAAUGCUCUAUUGGAACCACAGAAAUUGAAGAGUCUUGAGAACUAUACUAUAGGAGGAGAUCUCAACCCUUUGGAAGAAAUCUGGCAUAGAGGUGAUUGUUUCAUGUACAAUGCAAGCUUGUAUCUGUUGUUGAGGGGUGAACAAUGGGUCAUGUGAUUCAAAGAGGAUCUUCAACAGUUAAAAAGCUCCUGCAGCUUCAAGUUCAAGUCAAGUUCUUCCUGCUGCGAAAUAUAGAUUUGCUCUUUCCCAAGUUACCCUCAUUUCUGAUAGUUUUAAUUUGGUUGAGGACUUUAGUGUGUGAGAUUUGGUAGUAAUAAUAAAAUUGUCAUCUGUGACUGACUAAGUCAUGAGUUGUAGAAGCGGAAUUUUGCCCAAGGGCGGGCAAAGUUACAAAUAAAAACGUUGAUUGUAAAGGGAGGAACCUUGAAUAUGAUUGCUUGUUAUCAAAAGGUGAAUGUGCGUUUGGUUUUAU